AUAAAUUCCCAGGUGAUGUAAUGGUCGUAUUCUGCAGGCCUGUUUAUUACGAAUGCAUGCAUGUAUAAAUAGCUAUUUGCUUUUAAAAAAAUGUGAUCUGAAAUGAAUACUGUGCUAGAAGUCAGAUUUCUGUGUGGUGAGCACGCGCUCCGGUGCGCAAACUCUUGGACCGUUUUGCGCUCUCUCCAUCACGGUGCUUCAAAAGUCGUGCAUCUCCGGGAGUCCACGCGCUUUCACACGUUUUGACGCGUCAUCAGAGAAAAAAAAAGCAAUAAGCGAGAGAACACGAGCCACGGAAAGUGUCGGAGUUUUGCACGAGUGGUUUACAGGGACAAUUUUUCAAGACAGUCGAUGCUUAUUCCUGGGUUGAACUCCAGAUGUUUGGGGAAGCUGCUGAUUUGUGGAUGGUGUUUUGGUGGGUGGCACAACUGUGCAUAGUAGGUGUGUCAGUAGAAGAAAUCCCACCUUGGUCAUGCCCUCAGAAUUGUGAGUGCUUAAAUGAGCUUCUCAAGGUCAACUGCUCCUCGUGUCACUUAAACUCCGUACCGGAGGGUAUCCAUAAGAACACAAAAUACCUCAGUCUGGCCAAUAAUCAGCUGAAUACACUUAGAAAACAUCAGUUCUCUGAGCUGGAACAGCUUGAGGAAUUGGAUUUGAGUGAAAACAUGCUGACAGUGAUUGAAGUGCAAGCAUUCUCUGGCCUGCAAAACCUUCUCAUUCUGAGGAUUUCCCGAAAUCGGCUGAAGAUCAUUCUGGUCGGAGUGUUCUCUGGACUUCAGAGUCUCCGUCUGCUGGACAUUAGUAAAAAUGAAAUCCUUGUCUUUCUCAAUGACAUGUUUUAUGAGAUGCCAUCUCUACAGAAGUUGGCAGUGAAUGAGAAUGAUCUUGUGUUCAUCUCAAACCAUGCCUUCAGUGGCCUACUAUACCUUCAGGAACUUAACCUGGAUGGCUAUAACCUUACUUCAGUACCAACUGAGGCACUGUCACAGCUUCCCAGGCUAGUGAGGCUGCAUUUCUGUUACACUGGUCUCACAGUGCUACCCAACAAUUCAUUUAGAAAGCUGACUCAGCUCAGGGAGCUGACAUUGACCCACUGGAAUAGACUGGAUACACUCUUACCUAAUAGCUUAAUUGGACUCAACCUUACUUCUCUGACACUCAGCAACUGUAACCUGAGCUCUGUUCCAUAUACGUCUUUCCGCCAUCUGGCCUAUCUGCUAUACUUGGACCUGUCUUACAACCCUAUCACCUCUAUCCAGCCAAAUUUGCUCAGAGACCUUAUACAGCUCCAAGAGUUCCAUUUGGUUGGUGGGAAUCUCCAGAGGGUGGAACCUGGUGCUUUCCGUGGCCUUGUCCACAUUCGGCUAUUCAAUGUAUCGUUGAAUCAACUGUCAACGCUGGUAGAGACUGUGUUCCAAUCAGUAGAGACACUUCAGGUGCUUCGGCUGGAUGGGAACCCACUUGCUUGUGACUGCCGACUAUUUUGGGUCCUGCAGCGUCAUAUGCAUCUACUUACUGAUGGACAGCCUCCAAGCUGUACCACACCUAUACAGGUGCAGGGUAGAGCAUUCCAGGAGUUCACAGAAUCUGAGCUUCCAGUGUUGUUUAUUUGUAGACAGGCACAUAUUCUAAAUCGCGAGAAACAGGAGGUGCAUGUUGAUGAAGGCCAAACAGUCCUUUUCCUUUGCCGAGUAGAUGGAGACCCUUCCCCCUCUGUCAUCUGGGUGAGCCCUCAGCGGACACUAGUGCCCACCACAGGUCGGAUCCGUGUGCUGUCCAAUGGAACCCUUGAGGUGCGUUAUGUACAACUACAAGACAGUGGCAUCUAUUACUGCUUUGCAUCCAACGUGGCAGGGAAUGACAGUAUAUUUGUCAGUCUGUGGGUGCGAAGAUUUGUGACUUCCUUAUCUCGGAACCGCUCUGCACACUUCUUUCUUGAUGGAUGGAGCUUUACAUCUAACAAUCCACCAGUAAACAGCUCAUAUGAUGCCCAGCCUUUUCCGUUUGACUUGAAGACACUGCUGGUGGCAGUAACAAUAGGCUUACUGUCAUUCCUGAGUUCUGUGGCAGUUUGCUUUAUAUUUAUGUUUUUCUGGAGUCAGAGCAAAGGACAGAUCAAACACACAGCCACGAUUGACUUUGUACCUCACAGUACAGGAGCAGGAUCCGGAGGAGGACGGACCAGGAUGGAGACUGGCAGGUUUACCAUGAAGCUCAUUUGAUGCCUGAUGCUAGAACAAAAGUGCCUGAUGAAGUGUAAAGGAGAUGCAAAAAAAAAAAGUUCAUAUGAAUGCAACAAGCCAUAACAAAAACACAAAAACAUGGUCUUCACAUGUUGGAUGGAUAUAGUAAUGAUCAAGGGAGUAUGAGCAAAUGCAAGAAGUUUGGUUGAAACCUCUGCUUCUUUUUUGAAAAGCAUGGUCCCCCACCUGCACUGCAAAAGCUCUGAAAAUGACAGCUGUGUAAGAAAAACUAAGAUUUAUCACAGAAAGCAGACAUAAGAAUGUAUUGUGGGUAUGAAUGAGCAUAUGCAAUUAUGCAUUAUGCACAGCAUGAGCGCAUGUGAGGAAACAAUCAAUUCACAAUUUUACAAAAUUUAUGAACAAUUAAGUGUGGUUAUAGGUUUGAAUGUACAGACAUGCAUGCAUGUUAUUAUAAUAAUAAUAAUAAAAAGGGAUAUUUUCUUUUUUAGUGAAUUACUGAUAUCAACUGAUGCAGUGUAGAGCAUAUGAUAUUAUGACAUGCCAUUUAGUAUAUACUGAGAUAAAGAUAGAUUAAAAUAAAUGUAUUUUAUUAGUAAAGAUUAAAAUAAAUAAAAUGUACCUUCAGAAUUUAUUACCUACAGUAUGGAGAUGAAAUAAAGCUUUGACUGAAAGAUUUCAUGAUUGUAAUGAUUAGCUGUCUAGGGCUCUAACCUGAAUGAAUAAUGGAUUUCAUAGUCAGUGUUGGUUAUUUAAGAUUUUGUUAUUUUGUUUUUGCUCUAAAAUUAUACAAGAAAUGUAUCAAGGACCUUGUAUGAGCAAUUUGAAGUCUUUGCACAUUAGGAAUAUUAGGAUCUGGGGAAUUUGAAAGCCAAUUAAACACCUAGAACUCUU